AUUGAGAUAGUGGCACGCAUGCGCGGCUUGGCGGGGGCCGGGCCGCGCUACGCUAAUCACUUGCAUUCUUUCUGUGCAAUAAAAAUGACGGAAACCGUGAUUCAUUAAAAUCGGCGGGAAUGAGAGAAUUAUAAAUUAGUGAGAUUUAGUUGUGAUCAUGCAGGGGGAAGAGGCAGACAGUGCGGCGGUCUCGGAGGCUCCGAGCAGUGGCAGUGAGGACUCUGAAUGUGAGCAGGGGCCGGAGGCCGACGUAGAUGCGGCGCUGACGGAGGAGUGGGCGCGAGAGCUGCUGUUUGGAGCGGGCGUGGCUAACGCCAAUGAGGUUCGAGUGGAGUCUCGUGCAGGGGUCGCCGGCGCCCUAAGCAGGGUCCUGGCCGUCACAGUGCGCUACGAGAGCGCGGGCGAGCGUAGGGCUCUGCCCCUGGUGGUGAAGCUGCCUCCCCGCGACCCAUUUGGGCGGCUGUUUGUGGCGGAGGCCCAAUUCGACACACGAGAGAUACUGUUUUAUACAGAAUUAGCUCCGGUGCUGAACAGGCUGGCUGAAGAAGCCCUGGGGCCUGGAAUGGGUUUGCCGGUGCCUCGGUACGUGAAGGCAAGAUUACCAGAUGAAAUUGGAGGAGAUAGCGAAUUAGUCCUGGAAGACGUAACAGCUGUAGGUUUCGAAUCUGCAGAUUUUGCUGAAGGUCUCACAGAAGAACGAGCAAGGUCUGCGCUCCACGCAGCCGCACGGCUCCACGCCCUUUCUCUAGCCCUUCGCGAAAGAGAAGGCCCUUUGGACCAGAGAUUCGAUUUUCUGUUUCCCUGCGAGCGAGCAGCAGCCGGCUAUCUCCGCCUAGUGCGACGAGGUCUUCCACAGCUCGAGUCGUUCUUACGAGGCCGCACAGACUGCUGUGAAGAAGCUGCUGCCGUAUCCGACUUAGUUUCGAGAGCGCCGUCCUUGCUCGGAACUCUCCUACGACCUGCCGAGCCCGCUCCACUAGCCCACGCCGACUUUUGGAGCGGAAACUUAUUGUUUAGAGAGAAAGAAGGUGUCAGCGAAUGUAUAGCUUUAGAUUGGCAAAUGGUAUCGCUCGGUAGGCCAAUGGAUGACGUAGCACUGUUGUUGCUCUCGUCUCUUACGCCUGAAAUGAGGCGGUCCGUCGGUGAUGCUUUGAUAGAAGAAUACGGAGAUCGUUUAGAAGCUGAAUGCGCGAGACUGGGUGCGUCAGCGGCUGGCGCUGCAGUGCGGCGAGGUCUAAGGCCCGACUGGCCCAGAGCCGCAUUGAGAGCCUUGCUACUUUGUGCUGGCAGUGUUGAUGUCGCAUUAGGAGAACCCAGAGCAGAGAGACGCCUUCUAGAAGCAGUACGAGAUCUUCACAUGCAAGGAGUGCUUGCGUUACGACCCGAUACGGAGGGGUGAGGUGCGCGUGAACUACUACAAAAGCGCAAUCUCUUAAAUGCCAAGAGCGAGCUGAAAACAAAUCAACAGUACUUUAACGAUGACAUCGUCGUUUUCGAAAAAAGCAGUCCAGUUGCGUUUGUAGUUUUAUUUAUUUGUGAAUAUUUUAAGCACCAAUUACAUUUAGCAAUGUGUUAUUAUAAUAUUCAUCCUUUUUGGCAACGAUUGGAUUCGUGGGUCGCCUUGGGGCGGUGGUGUGAAGCCUAAAUAAAGACUGAAUUUACUUACGUAUAUUUCACCGUGUUGUAUUGUACCUACAGUAGGUAAUAUUUGCUCAUCGUAUCAAAAGGCUAGAAAUUCAUUGCGGUCUAUUGACUAUUAUUUAAAUGGAAAUUAAAAUAUGAACAUUGUA